AUGAAUUUGAGACAUUAAAACUAAGUCCUGUAUAUGAAUUUGAUUAAAAUACUUGAAAAUCUUAUGCCAGCAGGAUAAGGAUCAGAAUUGUUUCUUAAAGUUUUAAAAAUUAAUUUUAAUAAUGGUAUAAUUGGAUUAGGAGGACUUAUUUCAGGAUUAAUUGCUGCAUAUUAAGCAUAUUGA